GGCAAUAACUGGUACACUGUGAAGAAUAAACAUACUUUAUUGGCAUAACAUAUAAUCAAUUGAAUAAUUUAGCUUCGAAUACAAUUAUUCGAUAUUGUUAACUAAGUUAUAUUUGUGAAUUUGUAAUUUUAAUGCCAGUUGUUUAUCUUUUAUUAUUAUAUUCUCGUUUCAAGUGAAAACGUUAUUUUGUGAAGAAAAUAAACACACAGAACGUGCAUACAAUUAACAUUACGUGUGAUAUUGUGAUUUUGCGGAGAAAUUAUCUUUCAACUUUCAACAUAGCAGGGUAUCGGCCAUACAAGGCCAUGAUUAUCGGCUCAUGGAUAAUGGCCCUCCUGAUUCCUGUGUGGAUGUUUCCGUCCAUUAUGGUACUACUUGCUCCUGUGAAAUUGAUUUCUCGACUGAUAUUGGGUGCUGUCUCCGUUUGCUAUGUCGGCAUCUCGGUUGUCGUAUGGAAUCAUUGGCGGAGCAGAAGAAAUCUCACGGAAAUCACUGAAAUGAACACAACGUUAACUGAAUCAACUUUCCCGUUACGACACAAAUCCAUGAACGAGGGUUUACUACCAAAAAUAAACACAAUAAAGAUGACUUUGAUAAUAUGCCUUUCGUUAUUCAUUUGCUGGCUGCCGGCUACAGUGUUCAACACUAUGGACUUAUACGGCAUACAUCAGCUUGACCAUCGCUACUAUAUUGUCCUGCAACGCUUAUAUCCCCUCAACAGUGCGUGCAAUCAAAUUGUAUUCUUGUUGUUCAGCAAACACCUGUUACCAUGCGGGUCGGCUACGUCUUCAAAAGUGACAAGAUGCUAUGAAAGUAUCGGAACAACGAUAACCACAUUAUGAAUAGUGAUGGCGUUACAAAACUGGUUCGGCACAUUGAGGUAAAACGAGCAAUAAGACGGCGUAACUUAAAAAAGAGACAUUUAAAUAGUAUCCUAUAACUGAAUUAAAAAAACGAAUACAACCAAUUAUGUAUUUUGAUUAUGUACUUCUAAAGACAGUUCAACAACAUAAACACAUCGGCAGUAUUUGUAUAACGACUUUCGAUAGUUUGCACACAUGUCUAUGGCUCUUUAAACAAAGCCUGGUAACGUAUCGACCUUUUUAGGCCGAACUUACCAUGUCUUAUCUAGACAAAACAUGUAUGGUAAUUUUUUUCCGACCGCUUCUUGAAUAUGGAGACACUGUCUUGAUUACUGCUCUAAGAAUUAAGCGCAGAAUUUGAAGCUGUACAAAAUGAAGCAGCAAAAGUAUGUACCGGCGUCACUAAAUUGUGUAAUGUUAAGUCCCUACCAAACGAAAUUAAACGGGAAACAUUUUCAACAAUAAAAAGUACAUAAAACACAGACGUGUUCUCUUUUACAGAAUAGACACAUCUUAAGCCCCGAAUACUUUUCUAAUCUCAUUCCAAUCAAACUACAAACGUGCUACAACUUAAGAAAUAACGAUUCAGUACCUCUUUUGCAGACAAGAAUUGAACAAUUACAUAUUUAACAUUUCUCUUUUAAGCUAUACGAGGUAUGUAAUGUCCUUUCGCAAGACUUGCAUCAAUCGCAAACGUUGUCAUCUUUUAAAGUCUUUCUUUAAGAAAUCUCACAGAAUGGUCUGACUUAUUUAAUAUUGGUAAAAUAGCCUAGCAUUUCUUUGAUAAAUUAUUUCGCCUUGAGUUCAAUUCAUUCAAUGAUGACCUUUUCCAAAAAUUGAAACUGCCAAGCAUUUCCUUCUACAUUAUAAGCAGAAAAAG